GAAAAAAGUGUGAAACUCCUGCGCAUCUCCGUUGUAGUCUAGAACAUGGCAGAAAAGAAUACAAAUUGAAAUUCGUCUAGUACUCGCAUAUCACGGCUUUUUCAUUCUCUUUCUCUUGCUUCUAAUCGUUUUUCAGAGGAAUUUGUAAUACAUCAGACGAGGACAGCUUUAGAUCAUUAAGGAGCUACAGAAAAGCAUGUUGGUGAUUAGAAAGCGAAUAGAAGUAAGGUUCUCCUCUUUCCGGCAUGGCCUACCACACCACGCGGUGGAAUGACCCACGGCGGUUGCAGCAAGUUCCGAGGUUGCUUUAAGGCUACCGCUAGAGCAUCCUCAACGUCAUCCUUGCCCCUUUUUCUAGUUUAAAAAGAAUAACCCAAGGCUAUGACUCUCAGGGAAGAUGCAAACGCGGUAGCUCUAAUUGCUUGGGUUACCGCUGCUGCCUCUACGAUCAGUCUCCAGUGGGUCGCUUGCUAAAACAGUCGUCUUAGCCGACCCUUCCCUAGCUGAGGAUAUUAUCGACGAAGCCAUUCGUUUAAGGGUUGCAAUUUGACCUAUCUACUAAGAGCACAUCUAUACAUAGUAUACGUAGACUUCUAUGUUGACCUGCUUUUCAAGGGCGAAAAGGAAAAGGAUGGAUAUGCGAGCUAGAAGAAGAUAGGUCACCUUGCGACAGCUAAUUCGUUGUUUCCGCUUGAAUGUCCAAUUUCGACAUUUCGAGCUACGCGGAGAGGGGGACAAGGUGUUGGUGUAUUUGAUUCUGUGGAUUCAGGAUUGCUUGGCGACAGCAGUGGCGGCAAUGAAUGCUUUUCAGCAGAUGGGUGCCGCGGGUCCGAUGUUUGGAGGAGGUAGCUUUAUCGGGCUUGGAGGAGGAUGCUCUUUUAUAGGAGGAGGGAGCUUUUUGGGAGGAGGGUUUGUUGGUGGAGGAGGUGGUGGUGCGGGUGGAUCAUCUUCGAGUAACAACAAAGACAAUAACUCGUCCAACUCAUCUUCUUCAGUAGUAGACAAAAACGGUACUAAUAUGCUAGACGCAGCUGAGAUAGAAGCAGACAGAGACAACGUAGGUGGAACAGGGAUAGAAGACCUCGUAGGAGGUGGAGGUGGCGCCUGUGGACCCGGUGCUGCACCCUGGGACGAACCUUCUAUGAAGGACCAUCUAAAACGUGUUUUAAAGCAAAGAGCGAGUAGCAAACUCCCUGGUCCUGGAACGCCGGACCAAGCUGACUUUCUGCUAGCUGGGAUCUUCAAUAGUACUGCAACGGCUUUUUCGUCAGGAGGACCUCCAGCUGUAUCGACGGAUCCCAACAACAACGACACGUCGAAUAAUUCGAGUACUACUGCUCCCGCUGGCACUGGGGGAUCAGCAGAACAUAACAACACAAACACUCCUUCAUCUACAUCUUCCAGUACUAGCGACCAUCAAGCGCAAGUGCAGAUACUGAAUGCAUAUCUGAGGCAAUUGCGGGAGGAAACAGUGCAGCGAUUGAUGCCAUUGUUGUUUGUAUCAGCUGAUGAGAGGAAUAAAUGGUGGUUUCAAUUUGCAAGGAAGAAAUUUUGCGCAACAUCAUUAUUUUCGCCAAAUGCUAAUGCAUCGUUACAGAAAUAGUUGUAACUAACAUUAUCGCUGCACGAGGACCUGUCGUUUCUUCACCGCAAGAUGGAGAUUUUUGAGCGGCUUCAUUAGCUGCAUUUCUCAUUCGUGCGCUAU